UAAAAUGCUAUAUCUCGUGCCAUUUGGAAUCUUGUAGUUCUCGACCAACUUGACUCAUACAUAUUGCUUUUAUUCUAUAAUCUAAAUUGAACAAUACAGAUGCCAAUGGAGCAAUAAAUUGUUUGACUUCCAGCCUCAAGAUGAUAUCUGGUUCAUUUUCUAAGUUCAACAGUGAUGACGAGCAGGACAUAGUACCUUCCAGUGAUUGUUUGAACUGUCCAAUAGUUGAGGAACCGCGAAUCCACUUAGUUAGCUACUCCAAACGAUACACCGAUGUUGCUCGACUGCUACGCCUUAAGUUCAUUGCUCAGGUUUGUCCCAAGCUGCGUGUGGAGGCGUUAGAGCUGGCCAUAAAUCAUGUGAAGUCUACAUACAAUGUCAAGAUGUACGAGGAGCUACACAAAAUACACUCCAUGGAAGUUGAGCGCAGUGUCAAAUCGUCUAAGGCAAUCACCAGCUCAAAUACCUCGAUCGACACAAUGCCAACGUGCAGCACAUCCCAGCCAAAUAGGGCUCCUUGCAAAGCGCUGCCCUAUGAUUCCUACUGGGUGGAGGACAAUACCAUGGAGGCGACGCUGCUGCUGCAGGAGCUCGAUGCCGAGCUGAACUUCAAGAAAUCGAAUUCGGGCAGCACAUAUGUUCGACGCAUUCUUGAAGAGAUUGGUGAUUACCAUGUGAAGAGUGGUAACUUGCAUUUGGCUAUCAAAUAUUACGCUCGAACUCGUCCGUAUUGCACCAGUAGCGAUCAUGUUAUCAACAUGUUUCGCAACCUGAUAAGAGUUUCCAUCUAUAUGGCAAACUGGUGGCAUGUUUUGAGCUACAUUGACGAGGCCAAACAUUAUGCGUCUGGCUUCCAAAAUCUUGCACAAAGUGUGCCUGCUCAGCUGAGCUGUGCCGCAGGCCUGGCUAAUAUUGGUCUCAAGAUCUACAAGACAGCAGCACAUUGUUUCCUUCUGACACCAUUCGAUCAUUACGACUAUCACGAUAUCGUUGCGCAACAGGACGUGGCAUACUAUGGCGGUUUGUGUGGACUCGCAACCUUGGACAUCGAGAUGCUGCAGUUGGGCUGUCUAGAGUCAGAGACGUUCAAGCCCUUUAUUGCUCUCUCGCAUAGGAUAUGGGACUUAAUUGCCAACUUCAUUAGCGGGGAUCUAGAUAAUUGUGUCAAACAGCUUCAGGAGAUUGAAAGUCAUGUGCGGUUAGAUGUCUAUAUGGCACCACAUGUUGAUGCGCUUUAUGGAAAGAUCAAGGCCAGGAUGCGGGAUAGAAAAAGUUCGAUUACUGAGCGAAUUUAAUGUUAAAGAUCCACAAAAAGAU